GACCGUACCCCUCCCCUUUAGUUACAAUGGCUUUUAAAUGUGGCUGCUUUAGCGCUCUCCAAAUGAAAUUUGGAAGCGAGUUACAGCUCACUGUUUACGGAAGCCUCUCUGUUUUUAUUUUGCUGUGCCAAUUUUCAUUGACAUUUUUUUAAUUGAAGUUUUUUUAAAUUUAGUUCACUUUCACUUUCACUUACUCUGCAUAUGUGUUGCAGGCAGUGUCAUGUUUCGGACAUGUGAUUUACCAUAAAUACCUCAGACCAGGGUAACCACUUCUUUGCUGUGUGUAUGGCUAAGAAAUCAAGUUAGCUCCUCAAAGAGCAACUCUUGACUUGCAUGCUAGUACAGAAAGUCUGAUUAGACUAUCCUUGUCCAGUUUUUCAACUCAAUACUAGGACAACAAGACAAUACCAGGUACAAUGGAAGGGUCGCCGGAUGUGAGGAUUGUCCUGCUGGGUAAGACUGGAGCUGGGAAGAGCAGUGCAGGCAACAGCAUUCUGGGAGAGGAUGUGUUCUCAACAUCAGAUCAGGCAAACUCUCAAACCUCUAAAUGUGAGGCUAAAACAAAGAUUAUUGAUGGGAAGAAAAUCACUGUGAUUGACACACCAGGGUAUUUUGCUACUGAGCGGUCUGAUGAAGAGCUAAAACCUGAGAUAACCAAGUGCAUCGUAGAGUGUGCUCCUGGACCUCACGCCUUUGUUAUCGUGCUGACUGUGACGAGGCAAACUGCAGAGGAGAAGAAAGUGGUGGAAGAGAUUCUGAAACAAUUUGGAAAGGAGGCUCUGAAGUACGCUGUUGUCAUGUUUACCCACGGAGACCAGCUUGCGAACGGCAGGACCAUCCACCAAUUUGUGGAUGAAAAUGUCCACCUGAAAAGACUUGUCCGAAAGUGUGGAGGCCGGCUUCAUGUCAUCGAUAACAAAUACUGGAACAAUCCCAUUGCAGGCCAGGGUGAUGAGACUAGAAAUGCCAAAGAAAUCAAGAAGCUGUGGAACACAAUUGAUCAGAUGAUGAAACAGAACGGAGGCAAGCACUAUACCAAUGAGACGCUCCAAUGUGUGGCACGGGCCAUUGAAGACGAAAAGGCAAAGGGGAAAACUGGAGAAAUGGCAAAACAGAGCGUAAUGAAAAGGAUUUUUAUUUUGGCAGCAGGUGUGUCAACAGGGGUUGUGUUGGGUGCAUUACUUGGUGUUGUUGCAGUUGGGGCAAUCCUUGUAGGUCUUGCAAUAAAGGAGCGUACUUCACCUGAUCCUGUAGUGAAGGUAGUCAAAGAAGGUGCAGUGGCAGCAUCAGCAGCCACAGGGGUAGGAUUGGGAACGGUAUUUAUAGCAGGGGGCGGCAUGGGUGCGAUUGCAGGGGGGUUAACUGGGGGAGCGAAAGGGUGGGAAGCGGAGACUGCGAGUGAAGCUGCAGAGAGAACCUUUCAAGCCAUAACAGAACCAGCAAUGGCUGCAGUGAAAUUGGUUAAGGACAAAAUUGUAGAGGAAAUGAAGGGUUACACAAAAACGGGCAACCCUCCUUUCUAAUGCUAACGUUUGCCAGAGAAAAUGGGCAGGAUUUAAUCAACAUCUGUUCUUAAUUUUGAAUCAUAAUUAAAAGCAAGAAAAUUUUCCUCAUUCACAAACACAUUUUGACAAGAUCAGUUAAAAAUAACUGUAAGUAGCAAAAAUGUAUCAACAGUAUUGUAUUUCUUUCUUAACCUGAAAGCCAUGUACUAGGGUUAUUCAGAGAAAACAAUACAUGCAUCUGUUCAACCAACAAAAUGAUCUGUAUCUGUAAUCCUGCACAACUGUUCCCUUGAUAUAGUCUAGUUGUAUUUAGUCAUUGUUUAAAUUCCUAUUGUUUUUUCCUGACCUGAAAAAUUAAAGGAGACAUAAUGAUUUGA